AUGACCUACUGGUCAUUCAACACUGUCGUUAAGCCAAUAGUAACCUAUGCUUCCUUAGCAUGGUGGACUAAGGCUACACAAAGAGGUGCAAGUACUAAGCUAAGUAAAUUGCACAGAAUAGGCUGCAUUGGCAUAACAGGAGCUAUGAAGACCUGCCCGGCCGAUGCACUCAGCGCCCUGGUUGGAAUACCUCCCUUUCCUAUUUUAAUAGAAAGGGAGGCUACCACAGCGGCACUGAGAAUCCUGAACACCUCCGACCUGAAAAUCGGAGAUACGACGGGUCACAUGAAGGUCCUAAUGAAAUUCGCUAAUGACCCCAUACUACAAAUGCGCGAUGCAAUGGUUCCAAAACUAGAAAUCUCUAGGAAAUUUGAGGUACACAUUGCAGAUCGAGCUCUCUGGAAUACAGGGAACCCAUACACCAAACCCAAUGGGGAGGUUUGGUAUACUGAUGGAUCUAAGCUUGAAAAUGGUAGAAUGGGGGCUGGCAUUUUUGGGCCGAACUUUAAAAAAAUGAUACCAAUGGGUAGCUACCCCACCAUCUUUCAGGCGGAGAUUCAUGCAAUAGAAAUUUGUGGCAGAGAAUGUCUCAGAAGGGGAACGCCAUCGAAAUAUAUCUGCAUUAUGUCGGACAGUCAGGCAGCCCUACUGGCCCUGAAGUCCCACAAAAUAAGUUCUCAGCUAGUACAUGAUUACCGCAAUGUCCUAAAUGCUCUUGGUGACAAGAAUACAGUCUUAUUAGGAUGGGUACCAGGGCAUGAGGGACAUGAUGGCAAUGAGGAGGCUGACUGCCUAGCGAAACAGGGAGUUGCCGCAGUAUUUUAUGGUCCGGAACCCUUUUGUGGGCUCACCAAAGCACAUGUAAAGGGGACCAUGAAUAACUGGGUAGACAAAAUGUUCAACAGGCAUUGGAUGGAAUGUCCAGGGCAAAGACAAGCCAAACGAUUUAUCUGCCCUUCAAACGAAGUUUCAAAGAAACUAAUCAAUUUAGGCAGAGAGGACCUCAAAACUCUCACUGGGUACUACACGGGACACUGUUCUCUUCGUUACCACCUCAGUAAAAUCAAUCUUUCAGAAUCAAGCGUCUGUCGCUUCUGUGAGCUGGACGAAGAAACGCCAGAACACAUUCUCUGUGAAUGUGAUGCUCUCGCUAGGCGCAGACUAGCCCACUUUGGUGGCGCUACCCUUAAUCCAUUUGAAAUUUGGAACAAAACGCCCUUGGAGGUGCUAGGCUACAUUAAGAGCCUUCCCUUAUAG